UUAUUUUAUACCAUAAAUUUCAAAAAAUAUUCCUUAGUAAUUAUGUGAGUUGUGUAUGUAGUACUUGGUCCAAGUCAAUCAACCCCUUUGAGUUUCUCUGUUGUUUGAUAAAGACCCUAAAAAUCCCAGGUGAAAAUUGGGGCAAAAUAAAGCAAGGAAGAAGAACAAGGUUUUGACGUUCUCUUUGAUUCAGUCAACCCCUCUGAGUCUCUCUCUGUUGCCUGAUACUAAAGACCCAAAAACGCCAGGAGAAUAUUGGGGCAAAAUAUAGCAGGAAGAAGAAGGUUUUGGUGGAUGAGGGCUCUCACUUGGAAGAUUCAUUGUCUUUGCGCUUAAGUAAGGAUAAUGGGUACCCCUAGAGACCAAGCAACAGAUGAAGUGUUCCCCGAGAAUUUAGAGCAGAAGACGGACCCUGACCCUGCAACCAGGAAACCAGAGUUAAACGAGAAAAGGAGCUUUGAACCAUUUUCAGCUGAUGUUGUUUCUGGUGAGCUGCAGAAGAGACUGAGUCCUGAUGCUGAUGCACAAGCAUCAAAAAAUAAUCAAGAGGAAAGUAAACAUCCUUCAACAUGCCAAGAAGUGUCAAGUAAAGUCCAGCUUAGUCAAAGUAAUAAAAGGAUUAAGAGUGAGGCUGAUGCAUCUGGAUCUGGUCAACUUUCUAGUUUACCAAAGGACUCGGAUGCAAAAUCAUGUGGAUCAGAAUCUGGUGUAGAAGAGAAAGUGGUUCCCCUAUUAUCUGGUAAGGCUUCAGAUUCUUCUGGUCAAAUGCAAAGUCCGAACACGGAAGUUUCUGCAUCAGAAUCUGAUCAACAACGAGUGACUUAUCCCAUAAAGCAUGAGAAAGCUUUGGAUAAGUUGCAACCAAGGCGGAACCCUGACACUAGUGUCCACGGGAUGACAUCUGAUCAAGCAAUGACUCUCUUCAAGGUACCUGAAAAACCAUCGGAAGAUGGAUAUAACUGGAGAAAGUAUGGUCAGAAGCUUGUCAGAGGAAAUGAGUUUACUCGGAGUUAUUACAAGUGCACAUAUCCUAAUUGUCUAGCAAAAAAACAAGUGGAGAGAUCACAUGACGGGCAUAUUACAGAUAUCCACUAUGUCGGGAAACAUGAACAUCCCGAAACUCUAAGUGGUCCCCAGACCUCCCCGGAGCUGGUUCUCCCUUUGCAAAUGAGACGACCAGACGUUCCAAUUAUCACUACAUUAGAAGCUGAAAGCAAGAAAUCUACUGCGCCCCGAGAAACAUGUGAACCUAGUAAACUAUCAGAGGCUCUGCUUGCGUUGGACACUGUAUCAGCUUGUGGUGGUGUGAAGGUUACUCCUUUGAAGCCACAUAAAAUAGAAAAUGAGGUUGAUAAAAAUGAUAGUCCAGACUCAAAAAGACGAAAAAAGGAUAUAGUAGCUAUGGAUGUUACUCCACCUGUUAAGUCCCAUAGUGAACCACGACACAUUGUUCAGACCGUGAGCGAAGUAGAUAUAGUCAACGAUGGUCAGCGCUGGCGCAAGUAUGGGCAAAAAUUUGUAAAAGGCAAUCCAAAUCCGAGGAGUUAUUAUAGAUGCUCAAUUGCUGGUUGCCCUGUCAAGAAGCAUGUGGAGAGGGCAUCCCAUGAUCCAAAAUUGGUCAUUACAACAUACGAAGGGCAGCAUGUCCAUAAUUUCCUUAUUUCUAGGGCUAUCAGCCAAAUAUCAGUAGUGCCUGAUGCCAGUACAACAGGAGUCGUACGUGCAGAUUCCAGAAUUGAAUCUGGUAAAAACAAACAUGUCAGAGAGUCCAGAACUGAAUUGGGUGAAAACAAACAUGUCAUAGAGUCCAGAGUUGAAUCAGGUGAAAACAAACACGUUGGAGAGGCCAAAAUGAAAUCGGGUGAAAACAAACAUGUCGGAGAGUCCAGAAUUGAAUCCGGUGAAAACAAACAUGUCGGAGAGUCCAAAAUGAAAUCGGGUGAAAACAAACAUGUCGGAGAGUCCAGAAUUGAAUCGGGUGAAAACAAACAAGUCGGAGAGUCCAGAACUGAAUCGGGUGAAACCAAACAUGUCGGAGAGUCCAAAUCUGAGUCGGGUGAAAACAAACAUGUCAGAGAGCCCAAACUUGAAUCAGGUGAAAACAAACACGUCAGAGAGUCCAGAAUUGAAUCAGGUGAAAACAAACAUGUUGGAGAGACCACAUCUGAAUCGAGUGAAAAUAAACAUGUCGGAGAGUCCAAAUCUGAAGCAGGUGAAAACAACCAUGUUGGAGCAUCCGUAUCUAAAUCGGGUGAAAAUAAACAUGUCAGCCUUGACAUGGCUGUUCAUAUUGGUGCAAAUUGAGUGUUAGUCGUUGAUGCAGAGCGAUCAACUUAUCCAAAGGUAGAGUUCCUACAGCACCAUUCCUCUAAUCUUACGAUUUUGUUCAAUUGUUCUCUUCCUGUAAGGGGAGAAGAGAAGGUUACAUUUCUAUAGGUAAACUUUUUAGCUUGUUAUUGGCGAUGGGGGUGUGUUAUCGUGUAUUCACUGUAUAAAUUAUGUUUCGUAGCAAACAGGAAAGUGAAUGUAGGGUUUAUCAUAAAUAAUCAAUUAUUGACAGUU